CGCAUCCAACCCGCACGGCCGCCAACUUCUCUGGAUGGGACCAGAAGUUUCUAGCCGGCCAGUUGCUACCUCCCUUUAUCUCCUCCUUCCCCUUUGGCAGCGAGGAGGCUAUUUCCAGACACUUCCACCCCUCUCCGGCCACGUCACCCCGUCCUUUAAUUCAUAAAGGUGCCCGGGGCCGGCUUCCCGGACACGUCGGCGGCGCGCAGAGCUCUCGCUCCACCGGCGGCGGCGAAGUGUCCGCACCCCGCGACCUCGCGUCCCGCGGCCGCUGCGGCCCGACCCCGACCCAGCAUGAGCGCUGCCACCCACUCGCCCAUGGUGCAGAUGGCGUCCGGCAACGGCGCCGGUGACCGCGACCCCCUGCCCCCCGGCUGGGAGAUCAAGAUCGACCCGCAGACCGGCUGGCCCUUCUUCGUGGACCACAACAGUCGCACCACGACGUGGAACGACCCGCGCGUGCCCCCCCAAGGUCCCAAGGAAACAUCGUCCUCUGCCAAUGGCCCUUCCCGGGAGGGCUCCAGGCUACUUCCCACAAGGGAAGGCCACCCUGUGUACCCCCAGCUCCGACCAGGCUACAUUCCCAUUCCCGUCCUCCACGAAGGGGCUGAGAACCGGCAGACGUACCCUUUCCAUGCCUAUCCCCAUCCUGGGGCUCAGCGAUUCAGAACUGAGGCAGCCGCAGCUGCCCCUCAGAGGUCCCAGUCACCUCUUCGGAGCAUGCCAGAAACCACCCAGCCAGACAAACAGUGUGGACAGGUGGCAGCAGCUGCAGCAGCUCAGCCCCCAGCCUCCCAUGGACCUGAGCGGUCCCAGUCUCCAGCGGCCUCCGACUGCUCCUCCUCAUCCUCAUCGGCCAGCCUGCCCUCCUCUGGCAGGAGCAGCCUGGGCAGCCACCAGCUGCCUCGGGGCUACAUCCCCAUCCCAGUGAUACAUGAGCAGAAUGUGGCCCGGCCGGCUGCCCAGCCCUCCCUCCACCAAGCCCAGAAGACCCACUACCCGGCUCAGCAGGGUGAAUACCAGACCCACCAGCCCGUGUAUCACAAGAUCCAGGGUGAUGAGUGGGAGCCCCGACCUGUGAGGGCAGCCUCCCCGUUCAGGUCACCAGUGCGGGGUGUGUCCAGCCGGGAGGGCUCGCCAGCCAGAAGCAGCACGCCAGUGCACUCCCCGUCGCCCAUCCGCGUGCACACCGUGGUUGACAGGCCCCAGCAGCCCAUGACCCAUCGAGAAUCCCCACCUGUUGCCCCACCUGAAAACAAACCAGAAAGUAAGCCAGGCCCAACUGGACCAGAUCUCCUUCCUGGACACAUCCCGAUUCAAGUGAUCCGCAAGGAGGCGGAUUCUAAACCUGUUACCCAGAAGCCGCCUCCUGCCUCUGAGAAGGUGGAAGUAAAGGUUCCCUCUGCUCCAAUUCCUUGUCCUUCCCCUUCUCCAAUUCCCAGCCCUGCCCCUUCUGCUGUCCCCUCUUCCCCCAAGAAUGUGGCUGCAGAAGAGAAGGCAGCCCCCAGCCCUGCACCUACAGAAGUCACACCCCCCAAACCAGGAGAGGCUGAGGUCACCCCCAAACAUCCAGGUGUGCUUAAAGUGGAAGCCAUCCUGGAGAAGGUGCAAGGGCUGGAGCAGGCCGUGGACAACUUUGAAGGCAAGAAGACUGACAAAAAGUACCUGAUGAUUGAAGAGUAUCUGACCAAAGAGCUGCUGGCCCUGGAUUCUGUGGACCCUGAAGGACGAGCUGAUGUACGUCAGGCCAGGAGAGAUGGUGUCAGGAAGGUUCAGACCAUCUUGGAAAAACUUGAGCAGAAAGCAAUCGAUGUCCCAGGUCAAGUCCAGGUCUAUGAACUCCAGCCCAGCAACCUUGAAACCGAUCCACCACUGCAGGAGAUCAUGGGGGUGGGUACCACAGCAGCAGACAAGGGGAAGAAAAGUGCUGGAAAUGAAGAAGCCCAAACUGCAACCCAGCAGCCAGAAGCCAAAGAAGCAGCAGCUCCAAACCCUGGCAGCACGACGGACUCAGCUGGCCCUCCAGCAGCCGCACCAUAGUCCCCAUUAGACAAAGAAUCAGACUUGGAGACUUGGCACUGUUGUGUGUGCUUUAGGGAGUUUUAAGUUGCAUGCAUUUCAGGGACUUUAAGUCAAGUGGUUUUUAUUUUUUUGUAGGUGUUCCGUACACAGUAACUUGGGUGGAGGCAAAACACUAAUAAAAGGGCUAAAAGGAAAAUGAAGCUUUUCUUCUGUAUUCUUACUCUGUAUAAAUAAGAAGUUGCUUGUUUCAGAAGUUUAACCCCAUCGCUUAUUGUUUUGGGUCCCCACUGUGCAUGGGCACCAUGUGUUAACUGUGGUUGUGAGCUGUCUUUCUGUAGCUCUGAACUGAGGAGUCUUUUUUGGGGGGUAGAUGGGGAGUCGAUUUCCCAUCACACAAAUAUGAAAUCCAUUUUUCAGAAAUGUUGCCAUUGUAAUGGGAUGAUUUUCAUCUCAGAGUUCAAAUAUCUAACUUUUAGAUAGAAUAAGAUGUAAGGAGCUAUAGUCAUAUCUGUAUGUUGGACAACUAUAAUGUUACAUUUGAAAAAAGGGGAAAUAAAGUAAUUAUAUAACUCA